UGCAGUUAGCGGCGGCGCUGGGGCGCAUCCAGGCGGCCGGGCGGGCGGGGGCCGGAGGCUGAGCCGCGGUGAGCCAGCCGUGAGCACAGCUCUGCCCGCCACCCGCCCCUCCUCCCCCAGCGGAUCCCCGGCCGCCCCUCGGCUCUCCCCCGGGCUUCUAGCGCAGCCCCCCGGGGUGCCCAUCCAUUUCCUUGGGUGACUACAGCGUGUGUCUUGUUUUUCUUUCUUUUUCUCCCCUCCCUGUGUGCCCUUCUCCAGGAUGGCAGAGGCGGAGUUGCACAAGGAAAGGCUGCAAGCCAUAGCAGAAAAAAGAAAGAGGCAGACUGAAAUAGAAGGCAAGCGACAGGAACUUGAUGAGCAGAUACUUCUGCUGCAGCAUUCCAAGUCCAAAGUGCUUCGGGAAAAAUGGCUGCUGCAGGGUAUCCCCGCUGGAACUGCCGAAGAGGAGGAAGCCAGGAGGCGGCAGUCUGAGGAAGAUGAGUUCAGAGUCAAACAACUGGAAGAUAACAUCCAGAGGCUGGAGCAGGAAAUCCAAGCGCUAGAAAGCGAAGAGUCCCAGAUAUCUGCCAAAGAGCAAAUCAUCCUAGAGAAACUAAAGGAGACAGAAAAAUCCUUUAAGGACUUUCAGAAGAGCUUCUCCAGUGUGGAUGGAGAUGCAGUAAAUUACAUUUCCUCUCAGCUCCCCGACCUGCCAAUCCUCUGUUCACGAACAGCAGAACCAUCACCUGGGCAGGACGGGACUAGCAGAGCCGCUGCUGUGUACGCCAUGGAAAUUAAUGUGGAGAAAGACAAACAAACAGGAGAGACCAAGAUUCUCUCUGCAUCCACCAUUGGCCCAGAGGGGGUCCAUCAGAGAGGAGUCAAAGUCUAUGAUGACGGUACCAAAGUAGUAUAUGAGGUGCACUCAGGAGGCACUGUGGUAGAAAAUGGAGUGCACAAGUUAAGCUCAAAGGAUGUAGAAGCGCUUAUUCAGAAGGCGGGACAAUCAAGCUUCAGAGGAGGGCACGUGUCAGAAAGAACUGUGAUCGCAGAUGGGAGCCUCGGCCACCCGAAGGAACACAUGCUCUGCAAAGAAGCCAAGUUAGAAAUGGUACAUAAGUCUAGGAAAGAUCAUUCUUCCGGGACCCCAGGGCAGCAGCCCCAAGCCCCCAGCUCUGAAGGGCCCGAGGCCAACUUGGAUCAACCAGUCACCAUGAUUUUCAUGGGGUACCAAAAUAUCGAGGAUGAAGAGGAGACGAAGAAGGUGCUAGGCUAUGAUGAAACCAUCAAGGCGGAAUUGGUCCUCAUUGACGAAGACGAUGAGAAGUCAUUGAGGGAGAAGACAGUGACAGACGUGUCCACCAUCGAUGGGAAUGCAGCUGAGCUUGUGUCCGGGAGGCUGGUCUCAGACACCACAGAGCCCUCAUCCCCAGAAGGAAAGGAAGAGAGCCUGGCCACAGAGCCAGCCCCAGGUACCCAAAAGAAAAAGCGCUGUCAAUGCUGUGUUGUCAUGUGACCACUUCUUUCUUCCCUUUUCUUCUGGGCAGCCUCUGGGCUCUCUACCACUUCCGUACACCUCACUGUACCACUAACUGCAAUACUGUGAACUGGAAGCAAACACCUGCUUUGCCUUGCAGUUGGAUUGCUUGGGUCUCUCUUAUUUUUCUCCCCCUUUCAUUUUUCUCCAGUUUCCUCACCUGAGAGACAACGUGCAUGUGUGUGCUUCAAUCUUUCCAAGAACUUGCUUUUCCUCUAAACCUUUCCUUGUGUCUUCAAGAGUGAAUCAGUUUCUUACUGCUCAGUUGGAAUGGACUCUUCACAUCAGCCCGUUCUAUAGUAGCCUUAAUUCACUUGACUGGAAUUGAACCCAUGGCAUUGGGGGUUUCAUGUUGUAGCGUGUUCCUAUAAUGUAGUCACACGUCACCACGUCGCUGACUUCCCACUUGCUUCCCUUGCUGUGGAUCUUUGCUUUUAUAUCAUGUGUGGUAAAAUGCUGUUGGCUCCAGCUGGUUGUUAGCGUGGCCAAAAGUGGACCUUACUUAGUCUGUUCAAUCUAGGGUGAUGCUUUUUGCUGCCUUACAUAAGCUUCCAGAUUACAGUAUUGUGCAUCUAUGGCUUUCCUUCUGUUAAAACUGAAAUGAAGUUUGAUGUAAAAGAAAAGGAACCCGGUGCGUGUCACAGCUGAAAUGUAGGACUGAUUCCGUAACCUGCCCAUCAGCAGCCAUCUCUUUCUGUGGCUUAACUGAUGGACCCUUUAUAUAUGAAGCACCAUUUUUAAUUUUCUAAGGACAUGAAGCAAACAUUGUUUUGAGCAUUCGUAGUAAUCUCUAAACUUAGGCAUAUCCAUGAGCCUUGCUUCUAUUCUCUCAGAAAAAAAAAUGUAAAUUUUUAUAUUGUUUUCUUUUUCACGGAUAUUUUCUGAUCAUGUUAAUCUAUUUUCAACGAAGGAAUCAUUUUGAGGAGUAUCUCUGCAGUGACCAUAUUUCUAGAACAGUCUUUCUGACCUACCAUGGUUGCUGCCAAGUUUCCACUUCAUUGUGGAUGGACGGUGCUGGAACUGAAUUUACCUGUUCAUCUCCCCUGCCCACUUGAUUACAGAGCCUUACUUCUGGACUCUUUUCUUUCUGUCCCCAUGAGAAAGAGAAUGUUUCCCGUAACGUCAUGAUGUAGGUUUAUCUACCCUUCAAAAUAAGUUUGAAAAUGUAAAAAAUGUGUAAGAAAGACCUGUCUUCUCCACAUUAAGUACUUAAACUCAUUCCACAAGUACCAAUUGAGUGGCACAUAGCUGAGCUUCCUAAGGCAUGUUUCUUAAACUUCUGGAGAUUUCAGUACAUCAAAGAAUAGUUUGUUUUUUUUUUUUAAUCUAGACCACAAUGAACAAUUCUUUAAAUAAAUUCUUAGCAUUCUCCCAAAGCAAGCAACCACAUGUGUAGUAAAACCAAAGGGAAGCAAUAGAGUAAAAAAAAUAAUAUAGUAAUAAAAUAAAGAUGUAACAUUUUAACUGGUUCUAAUAACAGAGAUCUCUUAACUUGAAGUUAUUUGCCCAGAUGUUCACAACACUGUUGUAAAUCAUUCACAAAAUAUAUCUAUGUUCUAUAGAACAUAGUUUUAAAAAACAUACAGUAAGUCAUGCUCCAUCAAGUCUAACCUCUGUAGAAAGCAGACAAG